AAAAAAUACAGAAAUGGAGAAAUGGAGAAAAACUCUUCCAACAUGAUCCAUCUUACUGCAGACUCUCCAAAUAAACCAGAAACUGUGUGUAUUUUUGGAACAGGAGAUUUUGGAAGAUCCCUGGGACAUAAGAUGCUCCAGUGUGGUUACUCUAUAGUGUUUGGAAGCCGAAAGGCACAGACUUCUAGCCUGAUUCCCAAAGGUAUAGAGGUGUUGAGCCAUGCAGAAGCUGCGAAAAAGUCCAACAUAAUUAUUGUAGCAAUCCAAAGAGACCAUUACAACUUUCUGUCAGAGCUAACUGAAGUUCUCCAUGGAAAAGUAUUGGUGGAUGUAAGCAACAACCUAAAAAUAAACCAAUAUCCUGAAUCCAAUGCAGAGCACCUUGCUCAACUGGUGCCAGGUGCAAAGGUGGUAAAAGCCUUCAACACUGUGUCAGCCUGGGCCCUGCAGUCAGGAACACUAGAUGCAAGCCGACAGGUGUUUGUUUGUGGAGAUGACAGCAAAGCUAAAGAAAUGGUGAUGGGUAUUGUUCGGACUCUUGGUCUUACACCACUGGAUCAAGGCUCUCUUCUGGCAGCCAAAGAGAUAGAGAAUUACCCACUACAGCUCUUUCCAAUGUGGAAGUUUCCCAUCUACUUGUCUCUUGGCCUAAGUGCAUUCCUCUUUUUCUACUGUUUGAUCCGUGUAGUAAUCUACCCUUAUGUUUAUGAAAACAAAAACUUUUCAUUUUUUGUUGUAAUUUCCAUUCCUAAUAGGAUCUGCCCAAUAGUGGCACUCAUCCUUCUUGCCUUGGUUUAUCUUCCUGGAGUAAUAGCUGCAAUUAUCCAGCUACAUAGAGGAACAAAAUACAGCCGUUUCCCAGACUGGCUGGACAAAUGGAUGCUCUGUAGGAAGCAGCUUGGACUAGUGGCCUUGGCUUAUGCUUUUUUACAUGUUUUGUACACCCUUGUUAUACCUAUUCGCUAUUACGUAAGAUGGAAACUAAAUUCGUAUACCAUCUCUCAGAUACAGAACAACAGAACAGAUCCAUUUAACUACUCUAUGGGCUGGCAUAGUGACUCUUAUUUGGCACUGGGGAUCCUGGGAUUUUUUCUGUUCAUCUUGCUAGGAAUAACUUCCUUGCCCUCAGUCAGCAACAAUGUCAACUGGAGGGAAUUUCGAUUUGUACAGUCCAAACUGGGAUACCUGACACUGAUUUUAUGUACUGCACAUACACUGGGCUAUGGUGGGAAGAGGUUCCUCAGCGCUUCAUUUUACAGAUGGUAUCUUCCAGAAGCAUAUACGCUUUCACUCAUUGUUCCUUGCAUUGUACUGAUCAUUAAAUUUGUUAUUAUAUUCCCAUGUUUAGACAGACCCCUCACACGAAUUAGGCAAGGCUGGGAGAGGAACCCACAAGAGUUCAAAAAUUCAAACUACAACUCUGCUGUAUAACCAUAUAGUAAACACCCAAGCUGUAUCUCAUUGCAAUGUCUAAACCAUUUAAACUUCUAUACUAAAUCAAUGCCUUUUUCUACCUUGCCUGAAAGAAAAGGAGCAAGGGGAAAAUUUAGCUAGGCCCUGACCAUAUGUAUCCAAGGCUAAAUUUAAAUGUUAAUCAAGAGGCCACUUGGGAUGCUGCAUACCAUGCAUGCUCUGAAGUCAUGCGUUCACUGGAUUUGCCUCUCAUGGUAUCAAGUUACCACAAACCUUUCCCUCUUGCUCUCCUGGCUGAGAACCGGAGAAGGAAAAGAUGUCUAAUUUCCCUCCUUUGAUGGUAAGGAGCCCCAGUCUGAAUAAAGUACCACCACUUGUAAGGUUAACCCUGACUUGAUCCUUGGCAAAGAAGAGCUCAGCUCUUUCAAGACUUUGUUUGCCCCACAUUAACCUUGGCAGAGGAGAUCAAUAGCUACACCCAACUCAUACCUUAGAGUUGACUGAGGUCUUCCAUUGUUAGAAAUGGCUAGGCCAUGAUCGUUGUCAUACUGAACUACUAGAAACUCAGCAAGCAGGCAAGAAGAGUAUUUCCAAAAUUCAGCUUUGGCAAAGAGGCCUGGCUCAGGAAAAGACUUUGGUCAUUGCAGUCACAAAUAUAAGCUUUUCUACAAGUACAGAUGAAGGGUGACCAGUAAUUCUAUGCUUGUAAUAUGUUAUAAUUACUUAUGGAAUAUGCUAUUGUACUGGAAUUUUUGUUUAAUAUGUUCAAUAAAAAUAAAGACUUUUUCUUUCCAAAAUAUA